AUGCCGAUGAGUGCUUUGUCGGUACUCAUAGCUGUGAUGCCAACGCGCAAUGUACAAACACUGUUGGAUCGUACACCUGUAGCUGUCAUCCUGGUUUCAGUGGUGAUGGAAGAAGAUGUUCUGGAUACAAUGGAGGAACUAACUCGCCUCAUAACUUCAAGACGAGCACACAAGGCUCACCUAACAAAGAUUAAGACGAAAAUUGACCAGAUUGUUACUAAGGACAGUGUGGUGUCAGGACAAGAGAUCACUUUGAUCAAAUCUUAUAUCGAUCAACUAAGAAGUAAACAGGAGACCAUAAAUACUCUAAACGACCAAAUCGCAAACCUUAUCGACAGCCCAGAAGAUCUCGAGAAGGAAAUCAUAGACGCAGAAGACUUAAACGACUCUAUUGUAGAGAAAAUGUGCCUYACCGAGGGAUUCAUCGCUGAACUUGACCUCAAGGCAAAGGAAACACACCCCCAUGGAGACUCGCCGCGAUCAACGAUACAACAUACAUCAGGAAACGUCCACGAUCAAGCCAGUACGUCUAAGGAACCGGAUCAACAACACGUAAAUCAAGCAAUUGAUGAACCGAUACCAACACAAGUUUCAGUUGAACUUAAGGAUUCCAAUAUUCUCCGUGACAACAACAACUAUCUGCAGAAGCUGUCUAAUUAUCUGAUUCGAGUUCUUCAAGAUUUUAGUAGAAGUCGUUGGGUAAGAUGUUGGAGAGCUGCUAGCGAUGGAUGGGAUGUGACUACAACAUUCCACCCCCAGUGUGACAACAAAGGACCGACAGUUACUAUUGUUCGUGUUGGUAGUUACAUCUUUGGUGGCUAUUCUGAUGUAUCAUGGGACAGUUCAAGCGGCUACUCGUACGCCCGCAAUGCUUUCCUGUUCACACUGCACAAUACAAAUGGCUACUAUCCUAUCAAGUUACCUCAAGUACCAUAUCAACAGUAUUCUAUAUAUAGAAGCAGUAGUUAUGGCCCUACAUUCGGUAUAGGAAAUGACAUGCACAUAUCUAACCACGCAACAAGUAACAGUGAUAGCUAUUUUUAUGUGUCCACAUACAAAGCCCCGCCUGGCUGCAGCAACGGUAAUUACUGCUCGUUCUACACAGGCAACGCUCACUUUACACCGAGUGACGUCGAGGUUUUCUAUGAAACAACCAACUAAUAAUGAAAGUUUUUAAACUUUUAAAGGCCAAAAAACCUUAAGUUGUCGUAUUGGUUGCAUUCUUCUAAACGUCGGAGCCGUAGACUUUCAGUAAAGACAAAAUGAAAUAUUCCAGUUUGUACUGUCGCAUUUUGUUCACGUAUAGCUACGUAUCCGCUUUAAAGGAAUCUAUAAAUGAUAUCAGUAAUAGGUGUGUUACAGUAAUAAAGAAGUUAUUCGAUACGAAAAAUGCGAAAUGAAUGACCAGUUAUGCAUGAAUACUGGUCUGGUAAUUUGUAAUGUGUUAAUUAGAUGAUUUGUGGAGUUAUUUUAAUCAAUAAACAUUUUGUUUUACUUA